CUGUCGAACUGUCACUUUACUAAGCCACACAAACAUCCUCCCCGGGAUGACGCUAUUCUUCAUUUUUCCGCCAUUUCUUUUCUCGUGAAUUGUAUUAUAGGCUGUGCUGUAGCAGCUCCUCCGUUUCAUUUUCCAGUUCAAUUCCCGUGCCCUACUUUCAUUUACUAGUGUUCAUUCUGGAAAACCUAAUAAAUCCCUAAAUUCCACAACCUUUUUGUUUCAUUUCUUGAUCUUGUUGUUUUUCUUCUUUGUCUUUAUCAAAUUUUACAACUUCUUUUUGCCAAGAACAAGUUUAUUUUCUCUGUUGGAGUUUAGCUGGAUUCAGUAUAGCAAUCCCAGAUGGUUCAGUUUUCAAUUUAGUUACUGACUCACGGUGGAGUUGUCUAUCUGAAUGCUCAUUUACAUGGCAGAAUUAAGAGUUGAAGUGAUGCGGUUUGAUUGUUUUUAAUGGACCGGUCAUGUCUCUGAAUUCAGAAUAGCGCAAAAAAACCAUGUCCUGUAUGUUGGGCAUUUCUGUAGGAAAUUGUGGUUGCGGGACCAAAUUCUUCUAUUUGUUGGUGUAUUAACUUGAUCGUGUGGAGAAGUAAGAUACAAACUGACAGCAUUAUUAAUGGAUCCUUAUCCUGGUACUUGUGAAAUUGUUGAAGCAAUGGAAGAAUUUGAUUGCAUCCAACGGCAUAGAGGUGCUAGUCCCCCAAGUUUUGAGUUGGGUAUGGAGGGAAAAGUUCGAAAACUUCCGUCAGCAAAAGCUGGGCAGUACCAUUCGAUGGAGGAUGAGCUUAAUAAACUAUUUGAGGCAAUCGAUCUGAGAGUUUCGCGGAGGAGUGCCUUAAAAAUGCCAAUUAGAGUUGGUCCUUCUCAGGCAUCCGGUAUUAGUAUUUCUGAAUGUGGUACUUUGAAGCAGGCGCUGAGGGGAUUGUCGAUUUCCCAUGCAUCGGAGAUGGCUGCUAUGAAAAGGUUAUCAAAGCCCACAGGACUAACUAGGGUUUCAGAAGCUGGAGCUAUCAAGAGGUUGUAUAAAACAGUGGUCGUCAAGGCGGAUGGCUCUGGUCUUCUCCCGGAGGAAGGUAAAGAAAUUUUGGUUGAAAUAUCUCAUGUUCCUGAAAAGUACAGCACGAAUACCUCUGAGAAGGUCUCUGAAUCGAAACAAAAGCCUAAAAUAAAGUCAUCAAAGAAAAUUGCACAUUUGUCAUCUCAAUCUACUGGUGCAACUACAAGUACGGUAUCACUUACCAAAGCGUCUUCGGAACAUGGCAAUGCUUCUAUUCCAUCUGAGCGUGGAAAAGACAUGUCAGUGCGGAAACUAAAGCAGAAAGAAAAGCUGAAUUCCAGCACCAGUAAAAGGACAUUACAACUAGAGGAGAUUGUUCCUACCUCAACAGAAGUUGCGCAUGAAUCACCAUCUAUCUCUAGCUCUCCUUCUAGCAGUGCAAUAAACAGAUCCGCGACUAACACUGUGCGCAGAAUGAAGCCUCUUUUCAUGAAGAAGAGCUUGAUCAAAAAAUCAAAGCAAGUUUCAGCUACAUCACCCUCUAGGUGUAAUUCAGAGGAAAAAGGAAAUGGCGUUGGCUUGCAUCCAACUCAGAAGAAUUCCGUGGAGAAUUCUGAUUCUCCAGCAUCCAGCGGUACUAAUCUCGGUAUUGAUGUGGAUCAAAUUAAUACAGUCCCUCUUUCAAGUAAACCACCUCUUAGUACAUACAAUUUUAGUGAUGGGACUGCAGAUGCGAAAGUGGGUAACUGCUGCUCAACAUCAGGAGAGAAGGGGGAAUCCUCCCUUAGCUCUAAAAGUAGCAUUGCUGACUACAGCAGUAGCACUAUGAUCAGCGAGGAGAGUAAUCAAAGUGCAGUAGCGUGUAUUAUCAGUAGGCCUCACAUGUCAAAGGAUUUAAGAUGGGACGCCAUUCGCCUUGUUGAGAAGCAGCAUGGAAGCUUAGAAUUGAAGCACUUCAAGCUUGUGAGGAGACUUGGUUGUGGAGACAUUGGGACAGUUUAUCUCGCAGAAUUGAAAGGAACAAAUUUUCUAUUCGCUUUAAAAAUAGUCGAUAAUGAACUUUUGGGUAGCAAAAAUAAACUGCUGAGGGCACAAACUGAAAGAGAAAUUCUACAAAUGCUUGAUCAUCCUUUUCUUCCUACAUUGUUUUCUCAUUUUUCUGCAGAAACAUAUUCAUGCUUAGUGAUGGAAUAUUGCCCAGGGGGUGAUCUACAUAUCUUGAGACAGAGACAGCCCUGUAGAAGUUUCUCUGAACCAGUGGCCAGGUUUUAUCUUGCGGAAGUCUUACUUGCUUUGGAGUACCUGCACAUGCUUGGGGUUGUAUACAGAGAUUUAAAACCUGAAAACAUUCUGGUUCGAGAAGACGGUCAUAUCAUGCUUUCCGACUUUGACUUAUCCCUAAGAUCUGCAGUAAGUCCAAAACUUCUUAAAUCAACUUCAGCCAUCAAGAAGCCUACCAAAGAAUUAUCUUCACGCCCAUGCAUGGCAUUUAGGUGCAUAGAUCCGUUCUGUCCUCGACCAUCUUGGGUCCAAGUUCCAUGCUUCACACCUAAAGUUAAAUCCUCAACAAAUAAAACCCAGCAAAAUCUAACCCCAGAUCCAGCAGAUGUUGGCAAUGGUUUACCACAGCUCGUGGCGGAACCAACUAGCGCACGCUCAAACUCAUUCGUUGGCACCCUUGAGUACUUGGCACCUGAGAUAAUUAAAGCAGAAGGUCAUGGCAAUGCAGUUGAUUGGUGGGGCUUUGGAAUCUUUAUGUACGAGCUUUUAUUUGGUAAAACGCCUUUCAAAGGAGCAGGAGAUGAAGAAACCUUAGCCAAUGUAGUAUUUCAAAGCCUCGAGUUCCCAGAAACUCCAUCCAUCAGUUGUCAUGCAAGGGAUCUGAUUGCAGGUCUUCUAGUGAAGGAUCCUGAUAACCGUCUUGGAUCAGCCAAAGGGGCUACUGAGAUCCGAUAUCACCGGUUUUUUGAAGGUUUAAACUGGGCUUUGGUAAGAUGUACAUUUCCACCAGAGCUGCCGAAAGCUCAAUAUGAUGUACUUCCAACAACCGAUUCACCAGAAGAGACGCAGUGCAGGCGCAAUUGUCCAACUUCCACAACAGAAUGUCUCAAGUUGGAAGACUUUUAGCGGAAAGUCUUCAACUUGGUUAUAGAUAGGUUCAGAAUCACACUAGGGUUUUCUUUUUGUCGAUUUUGGAUGCCUGCAAUAAUGUUUGUGAAUCCUUUAGUGAAAUUGCAAAUGUUCAUAUCAGUAUAUGUGUCUAGGUUAGAUUUUGUAAAUGCAAGUAUUUAGAAAAUUGAAAAUAAACUGAUUCUGUAUAUUACCAUAAGAAUGUUACAUCUAUUCUAAAAUAGAAAGGAAAAAAAGAUGGUUCUGUAA